AUGGUACAAGACGACGAUUCCUCCAUGCCUACGCCAGGCGACGGCGGCUCCCUUGAUGCGGUGAGCCCCGACCUCUUAGCCACGACACCCGGACUCGAAGCCUCGCCGCUGCUGAGCGCGUCGCCGCCAGACGAGGCUCUUCCCGACACGCCCUCCCUAGGGCCGACGACUCCGGGGCUCUCAAGAAACCCAUCCUUCUCCGGCAGCAGCCAUGACAACUGGGAUGCCUUCCCGCCGCUGGACAGGCUGACGGUGCUGGACAUACUGGACAACUUUGCGCUGCCGCAACAGUUGGAGAAGCUGCAGAGGGGCCUGUCGGCACAGACAGAAAAGGUUCGGCGGUCCCGGGAUGCCUUCAAGACUAGGACGCAGGGGGCCCGGGAGCGCGUCGUCGAGGAGUGGAAGCGCCGCCUACCCGACGCCGACGAACAGCUGGAACGGUACAAGACUCGUAUGCGCCGCCGUGUCGACAAGCUGGCGGGCCGGUGGAACGACACAAAAGUCAUUACGCUGCGCGAGAAGAUCUCCUUCAUAUUUGGCGUCAUGAACCUCUUUAUCAGCGGCUACCUUAUCGGCGGCUACCCCCAGCACUUCCAUCUGUGGUACACGUCGCAGCUUCUCGUCUUCAUGCCUGCUCGCCUGUACACCUACCACAAGCGCGGCUACCACUACUUCCUCGCCGACCUCUGCUACUUCACCAACUUCCUCGUCAUGCUCAGUUUGUGGGUCUUCCCCAGCUCCAAGAAGAUCUUCACCGCCGCCUACUGCCUUGCAUUUGGCAACAACGCUGUCGCCAUCAUACUGUGGCGUAAUUCUCUCGUCUUCCACAGCUUCGAUAAGGUCGUCUCCCUCUUUAUCCACAUAAUGCCCUGCGCGACACUGCACUGCAUCGUUCACCUCAUCGAUGCGGAUGAGCAGAAGGCCAGGUUCCCCGCCAUCUGGCACAUCCGCAACCCCGAAUCCGGCUCAUACACCUCCUACACCUCCUCCCUUGCCAUGGUUCUGUGGAGUUCCCUCCCCUAUGCCUUUUGGCAGAUGGCCUACUACCUCUUGAUCACCGUCCGCCGCAGGGAGAAGAUUGCGGCCGGUCGUCCCACCUCCUUCACCUGGCUGCGCCGGUCCUAUGCCAAGUCGUGGAUCGGCCGCAUCGUCCUGGCCCUACCCGACGCCCUCCAGGAGCCCGCCUACAUGGUCAUCCAGUACCUGUAUGCCUGCCUAACCAUGCUGCCCUGCCCACUGUGGCUCAAGUACCGCUGGGCUUCGACCGCCUUCAUGGUCGUCGUCUUCACCUGGAGCAUCUACAACGGCUCGACCUAUUAUAUUGAUGUCUUUGGCAAACGCUUCCAGAAGGAGCUCGAGGCCAUGAAAGCAGAGGUGUCUAAGUGGCAGAGCCUCGCUGAGACAGACAUUGACGCCCAGUCCCCCACCAUGGGGCCCCAGUCCGAUGAUAUCCACAACGACGCGGGAGCUUCCCACGAAAUGGCCGUCGGUGCCUCGGCCACCACUCUCAACCAGGAACGCCAGGCUGCUGCUGCUGCCGCUACUGCUGUAGACGAGUCCCAUCCCAGAGUCAAUGGGAAUUCGGUACCUAGCAUCGACUCGGCUUCUAUACCCAUGCUUGACGAGGAGGUCAAAGGCACAUCUACUAGUAUCGAAGCCCAGGGGACUCAGACCCUAGAGGAAAGGAAGGCCGGUAAGACUGGCAUUGGCUCUACAUAG